AUGGAUCAAGCAAAGCUUGGAGCAGAGGCCCUCGAAGCCAAAAACUACGCCGAAGCUAUCAAACAAUACACAGCCGCCCUUGCCGUUUCACCAACAUCACCAGACUACCUCAUUAAACGCUCCACCGCAUACCAGAGAAGCACGCCUGCCGACUACAAGUCCGCUCUCGCCGACGCCGACAAAGCUGUCAUCAACGCACAGAAGAGAGGCAAGCGCGAACUCAUCCUUCAAGGCCAGCUUCGACGAGCCAUAGCACUGUUCGGCCUAGAACGCUACCCCGACUGUCGCUUCGUUCUGGAUGUCGUCAAGCGCAUGGAUCCGAAAGAGAAGACACUGCCUAUCUGGGAAAGCAAGGUUGCGACCAAGAUGGCCGCUAUGGACGAGGGUUCGAAGGACGUAACCGUCAAGGAGACGCCCGAGGAAGAGACACCAGUCGCCAGUCAACCCAAGCCGGACUCGUCUUCCAAGACCACAGCUCCUGCCUCUUCCACUCCUCCUGCCUUGACACAAACUCCCGCCGACAAGAUCCGUCAUGACUGGUAUCAAAACAACGACAAGGUCUACUUCACUCUCCUCGCAAAAGGCGUUCCAAAGGACAAGGCCACAAUCGACAUCCAGCCACGCUCUCUCGCCAUCUCUUUUCCUCUCCAGACCUCCUCUGACUACGACUUCUCCCUCGAACCUCUCUUCGCCGAAAUCGACCCUUCGGCCUCGACCUUCAGCAUCAUGUCCACCAAGGUCGAAGUCGUCCUCAAGAAAACACAGCCCGGCCAGAAGUGGUCUUCUCUCGAAAGUAACGAACCUGUUACUGUAGAGUCGAGUACCACGAGCUCUGUUCCUGCAGCAGUCCUUCAAAACUCCACCAGCACCGCACAAAAGGGCCCAUCGUACCCCACCUCAUCACGCAGCGGCCCUAAGAACUGGGACAAACUCGCCUCGGAAGCUCUGACCAAGCCAAAGACCGGCGACUCAAAGACAGACGGCAAAGUUGAGGAAGAGGAGGAUGAUGAUGAGGGUGGUGAUCCAGUCAACGGCUUCUUCAAGAAGUUGUACGCCGGUGCAGACCCAGACACCCGUCGCGCUAUGAUGAAGUCAUUCAGUGAAAGCAACGGCACCGCUUUGAGCACAAACUGGGAUGAAGUCAGCAAGGGCAAGGUUGAAACUAGCCCUCCUGAUGGUCUCGAGGCCAAGAAGUGGUGA